AUGGCGGAAGCAUAUGGAAAAACAUUCGAAAGUGAGAAAAAACGUUCAGAAAAUUGGUCGGAGGAGGAGAUUUCAGUUUUAAUUGAAAUAUGGCGGGAAAAGAUCGAUGAUUUACGUCGAGCGAAACGGAAUAAAAGUGUAUAUGAGGCAAUGGCGGCAGAAAUUCGUCUUCGGAGGCCAACGUCCAGAGCUGGAACGUGGUCGGAAAGAAGAAGUAACGAAGAUUGGGCAUUCGGGAGGCAGCCCAUCUACCUGGCAAUAUUUCCAGAAAACGAUGAAAAUUCCAAUGAAUUGAUAGAUGUACCAGUACCAGAACGACUUGAAUCUGAAAUAAGGGUGACAAGGUCAUCAAAGAAAAAUAAACGGCCACUGGAACGGCAAAUAAAUGAAUUAAUAAGUGAAAUUAAAAGGAGCAAUGCCGGUUCUGAGAAAUUGGAAAGGAAAUCUAUAAAAAUUGCAGAGGAAGGACUGCAACUACAGAGAGAGAGUAUAGAAUUGCAAAAAGAGUUGUUAUCUGUAAUAAAAAUGUCUAAUUAA